AGAUGCGUAUAGGUAUACCUUCCAAGUAUGUUACCUAUUAAGAGGUGUAGCAGGAAAAGGAACGCCGCUAACCCAGUGGCCAACUGAGAGGUGACAUCGAACGAUUACGCCCGCCGAGCCUCCAUUCCGUACCGGUAUCUGCGCUAACGCACACCGCGACCAGACCACGCGCUCGCGCACUUAUACCACCCGGGCUAUAGGUACGAUGCUUGCACCCAGGGGUGAGCUCUAUUGUCUUUCAAAACGAAACGCAAUGGACGCGUGCUGCAUCUCAAUCAGUGUAGAGAGUUUUGGCGGUAUGUGAAUACAAAGUCGUUGUCGAUAACGCAUCGGACGGACAAAUUACUGAAGCAAGGACUAUUGGCUGAUGAAGACGUCAGUCAGACAAUUGAAGUGUUUGUGUAUUUGUGGAUGACCCGGCUGUGAUAUCCGUACAUUUUGUGCCCAAGUGAGCUAAGGAUCUGCAAUUAAAUGAAUCUAUAAACCUGUUGAUAUAACGGGUUUCGCAAUGGACUCAACGAUACCACGCGUCAUUCUCAGCAUAGUUCUGGCCGCAUUGCUACCAAUGGCGUCUCCUCACGAAGGCCAGGCCAAGGAGAACAUCCCCCACUCCCGGCAGAAGAGGAUACUCUGGAUCACCAACGAUGGCCGGCUGGCAUUGCCUCCUGGCACGACCAUGACGAUAACGCCUUCUUUGUCGAUGCCGUUUGUAAGGCAUCCGCCGAAGGGGUUUUUGUCUAACGUCUCAAUUAAUUUUCCUUUUACAAGUACACUAAAGUACGAGGUGGAGUUUAAGAUUGAUUUCGACAAAUUGGGUCUCACGGACAACGAGAAUCCCUACGGCACGCUGCCGCCGGUCCUAGCUCGGUCCAUGGGGAGCGCUGCAGCAUCAAUGAUGGCGCAAUAUGUGGGGCAGUACUUGGAGAAGAGAAGGGGGAAAAGAGCAGCAGAUGUGCCUCCGGAGGUGGAGACGGUGAUAUUAGACCGAUUGCAUGGAGGAGAGAGAGCCAUAAUGUACAGCAUCGCAGAGGACAUGUUCACGAACUUUGGAAUGGAAGGCCGGGAGUGCCUCCUGCGCGCCAUCUGCGAGAUCCACGCGCACCCUCUCACCAACUUCGGCUUCCUCGGAGAAGUCAUGAAGCUAUUCUUUACGCCAAGCAAAUCCCCGUAUGCAACUCUGCUAUCAGAGUAUGUAGAAGCCCAGAAAGCAGGUGAAAAGGGCGGCGAAUGUUGGCCAUACUACCGGCUCUGCCCUCGGAGUAUCUUUCAACCCUCACCCAACAAAUACUCGAAAAACGCAGAGGAUCUACACAGGCGGCAAGAACACGACAAUAUAGACAACAAUGUUGAUAUAGACGGAAUACGAGCGAUGUAGUGAACGGGCGAAACCAGGAUCGGAUCUAGACAAAAGUUUUAUCUAGGCAGUGGUUCAUUGUAAAACCAAUCAUCGGAUUUUAUUGGAGAUUUAUGAAAGAUUUUGCGAUAAACCUUUUGACCAAAGUACCAGUACCAUGUAAAGUACUACUUAUGCGUGGAACUUAGAUAAAGAAGAAAGGAAUCGAAAAGAUUAGCAUAAUAGUCCAAAGAGGUGUGAGAUAUGGUGCUCACCUAAUCUCAUAUUUUAAAAUUUUUAUACCAAGGCUACAGCAUAUAUGAUGGUAUCUGUGAUGCCUCCCUUAGAAAAAUUACUCCGCUAGGUUCUAGAUCCGGUCUUGGAUAAAGUGCCAGUAAAUUGUCCCAAAAUUAGUGUAGUCUCCGACCAAAGUUGAUCGUAAUUAGUCUAAAUUAUUUAUUCAUUAGUGCCAUUCCGUGAUGCAUUUAUCUCGACACUCUUUACAGUUUUGUCGACCGUUUUGAUAUUACAUAUAUCUUCAUGUAACUAUGAAUCUCUAAAUGAUCUUUAUAAACCUAGGUGCUUAUCAAUUUGUGUUUUAAUAUCACACAAGUUCGUGCUAUCUUUGUAUUGUAAAACUGAAGCUCUUAAUGAAUGAGGUUUUGAAUUUCAAUCUAUCUUUGUGUUAAGUAUGUUUUAGUAUUCAAAUGUGUUACUGUUGAAUUUUAAGUAAGAAUGUCAAGUCCUACGUAGCUAGUGAUUUUUGUAAAUUGAAUAUGUUUAAGUCAUUAAAUAAAAAUAAGAGUAUAAUAAAUGUUAUUAGUAAAUUUUUA